CCCACGUGCACGCGCACCAAGGUUCUCCUCCUCCAGUGCGUCUUGAUCUGUCAAUCUUCUGAACUACAACCAUACGUACGCUUUCUGUCCAUAUUAACCCGCAUAUUAUUGGCUUUUCUGUAUUUUAUUUUCUGUCUUCUCAUUUCCAUGGCCGCAUCAGAUGAUUUAGAGGAUUGCAUUGUGCAGAGAGCAAGAUCUCAAAGUGACCCGAGCAUCCUUACCGACAGUCUUGUCAUUUAUAAGAACAGCACAGAUGUGAUGGAUCACCAGAGAUCUCUUUAUUCUGGCUGUCUAGUGUCUGGGGUCCGCACUCCCCCCAUCCGCCGUAACAGUAAAUUGGCCAGCUUUGGCCGCAUCUUCAAGCCAUGGAAAUGGAGAAAAAAGAAAAUUGAGAAAAUAAGACAAGGAUCUACAGCAGUGGAGAGAAAAGUUGUCGCCAGGCGGAGCCAUGAUGAUGGAGUCAGGAAGGGCCUGGCAGAAGCUUGCAGGGAGUCUGGUCUCAUCUGUGGUGGGAAUACAGACAAGCCAGAAACCCCCACACAUGAGUACUCAGAUGAAGAAGAAAGAAGAGAGGUCAUGCCAUUGGCCCCGCUGGCCUGCACCAUAGAGGAUCUUGGCUCUGAUGAUGAAAAUACAUCUACAGUACAUGACACAACAGAGGGGACAGAAACAGCAGGGGAACUGAGCCAAAGUGAGGAUGAGGAGAAAGUCUCUGUGGCAGAUACCGUGAGCAGAGGGGCAAGUGCUGGGUUUCCUGAACUCAUUGAGUGCCAUGAAAAGAGAAAGGACGAGACAGCACUCAGAGAAAAGCACACACCUCCAGGCAAACCUCCUGUGAAGAUGCUUACUAGACUGGGCAGUCUGGACAGCACUCACUUAAAUCAAAUCAGGCCUGCUCCAGCUACACUGCCCAGAAACUUCACCCUCCCUAAAGAUGCCCUAAGGGGCAGGAUGUCCACCCCCAAUGGCUCCCCCCACUUGGGUGUCAUGCACCCACAGCUGCACCCUAGUUGCAUCAUAGAGGAACUCCACCGUGCACUGGCCACAAAACACCGUCAGGACAGUUUCCAUGCUAAGGAGAUCCGCAGUUCACCCAAGCGGCGUUUGGACGGACGGCUUUCCCGUACCGCCAGCACUGAGAAUGAUCAGAGUGGAGAGGGGCAAAAUAAGACAGAGGUUGAAGAAAACAAGGAAAACAUGCGUUUGGACGAGUAUUACAGUGAUCAGGAGAGCUGGAACGAAUCUGUCAUCUCUGGUACACUUCCACGCCGUAUGAGAAAAGAGCUUCUGGCAGUGAAGCUGCGUAAUAGGCCCAGUAAACAAGAACUGGAGGACAGAAACAUCUUCCCUGUGCGCAGUGACCAGGAGCGUCAGGAGAUCCGCCAACAGAUCGAAAUAAAACUUGCCAAGAGACUGAGCCAAAGACCAGCAGUCGAGGAGCUGGAGAGCCGAAACAUCCUUAAACAGAGAAAUGACCAGACAGAGCAGGAAGAAAGGAGAGAAAUCAAGCAAAGGCUGAACAGAAAGCUCAACCAGAGGCCCACCGUUGAUGAGCUGCGGGACAGAAAGAUCCUGAUCCGUUUCAGUGACUAUGUGGAAGUGGCCAAAGCGCAGGACUAUGAUAGGAGAGCAGAUAAGCCCUGGACGAGAUUAUCUGCCGCAGAUAAGGCUGCGAUACGCAAGGAGCUGAACGAGUUCAAAAGCAACGAGAUGGAAGUUCACGCAUCAAGCAAGCACCUGACCAGGUUUCACCGACCAUAGCAAGGUUUCUUCUAUGAAGAAUAUGCUAACUGUAUCUCUGUGAAGUCAAAGACCUCAGGAGGCUUCGACCAGUGCCCGGGUCUAUGGGUGAUCCAUGCAGGGCCUGAUAUUUGGGCGCAAGUGAACCUUGGAGGCUAUGUCUCUGGAGCUUCAGCCUAAAGAAGCCAAAACCCUCCAAACUCCACUCAGUCAAACUACAAGUUUGUAGAAUAUUCAACAUCUAUUCGUUUCAGGGGUAUUUUGAGGGAUGGUGAAAGACUGUUUAGAAAACACAGACUUUUCUUAAAACAUUUUUACAUGGUCGGCUUUCGAUGCCAAUUGAAGGGAUGGGUCGAGCAUGUGACCCACUCGAACCUUUUUCCCACAACAGUGUUGGUGCUGUAGUGACACCCCAAACCGUUUCUGGGCUCCUACUGAAACUUGAGUUUCUUAUCAGCUGUAUAAAUGUUAGUUUGAGAAAUACGAAUCAUGUCUUACCUUUGCAAUGACUAUUUAUUGUCUGUACAGUACAAGCUUUGGAUUUUUAUGAAUCAACAAUGUCUGUUGUCUUUUUUGAAUGAAUGAGUGAAUGUUGAACACAUUGCUUUAGCAGAAACAAAAGUGUAUGUAACUCUACUAAAUAUGCCCGUUCGGGUUUAUGCAGUGGGCCCAACAAGUAUUUGGACUUAAAAGCCACUUUUCAUGUCUGAAUGUUUUUGCAUUAUCAACAAGAUAUCAAUGUCAUUUAUUUUAAAAAUUGCAGAAAGUCACAAAACAAGCAAGACAAUUUAGAAAAAAACGUUUGUUUUAAAACAAUAAAUAUACCUUUCAAAGAAUUCAGAUACAUUGAUACACUUUUAUUUUCACUUUCCCUUUUCUUUUAUGCAUUUGGCAGAUGUCUUUAUCCAAAGCUAUUUACACUGCAUUACAAAGCAACAUUUUUUACCAUUGUGUAUUUCCUGGACCCGAACCCACAGCCUUUUGGCUGCUACUGCAAUGCUCUGCACCACUGACCUAAAGGAACACAAAAACAUAACUAGUAAAAGCUGUAGUAUCAUGU